CUCCUCUGUGGCUGCAGCCGACGCGCAUAGCCGACUGUAGUGCUUAAUCGUCGUGCGGGCAUCCUUUCCUUUCUACCCUCUUCCAACCAUGGCACGGAAACGCGGAACGAACAAGGCGAAGGGCUCUCGCUCAAAACCUCGAGGCAUCAACCCUAAAGACAGCAAGAUUGCGAAGUGGAACAAACCGUCGGACAUACCGUUAGACGAGGAGGACCAUUUCCACGCGUCUCGCGACAAGAUCCUUCUUGACGGGGAUGAGUACGACGAUGAAGAUGAAGGCGACGAGGAUGAGGUUUUCGCUCUGAAAGGCCUUUCAGGGGACUCGGAGGAUGAGGAUGACGCGAGUGCAGAGGAGGAUGGAAUGGCAGAACAGGACGACGCAGCCGACUCGGACUCUGGCCCUAAGAAGGGUCGCCAAGCCAAAGGAAAGAAGGGCAAAGCUGCGCGAUCUCCGUCAUUGUCUGCGGCGGAGGAUGAGGAGGAAGAGGAAGAGGAGGGCUGGGGCAAGAAGAAGUCUGCUUACUACUCGUCGAAUGCCCGACAGAUUGAGUCUGAAGACGAGGAAGCAAACGAGCUCGAGGAACAAGAGGCCAAGCGGCUGCAGACGAAAACAAGAGAUGCCAUGGCUGACGAUGACUUCGGCUUGAGGGACCCGGUGGAGAUUGCAGCAGAAGCUGACGACAUGGUACUGGACGCAGCGCCGCCAGUCUUGCAACCCUUACCGACUGACAAGCAGUCGUUGCUCCGACAUCUCGAGAAGAAUAAUCCGGAGGCACUUGCACUCGCACGCGACUGGGACGAUACAGCGCACAAGCUGGUGGAAACGCAGUCGAGGUUAUCCGCGCUCGAAGAAAGCACUCCUGAUGCUCUGGGCUCCGGGAUGUCCCACCUCUACUAUCAGGCAUUGCUCACAUAUGCGACGACGGUGUCCUUCUACUUGCAUCUCCGUACAAGCGAGAAGUAUGUGCAGCGGCCCGAAUUGCUCCGUUCCCACCCCAUACUCCAAAGACUGCUUACACUCAAGCAAGCAAUGGCUACGCUGGAAGAUCUGAACUUCGGCUUCGACGAUGACGAAGAUGACGAUGAAAACCUAUCACAGGACGAUGAUUUGAAGGACGCCAAGGCGCUCUGGUUAGAGGAGAAACUGAACAGCCUAGAACCUGACGAGUUGCACGCUCUCCUCAGGGAAGCAAGCCUGAUGUCUGCGGAUGGUCAGGGCGAAUCCUCGGCGAAGCGAAGAUCUAAGGCCUCCACCCAGAAGUCAGAGGAGCCUCCGAAGAAGAAGCGGAAAACAAGCAAAACCUCCGGCGAAUCUAAACCCGCUACGCCCGUUUUUGAUCUUGUUGAACCUAGCAUCACCCAAAAGAAGUCUACCGCUUCGACCAGUCGUUCGGGGCCCUCGUCGACCGAUGUGUACGGCGAGGCUACAUCACUACAGGCGGCCGACGCUGCCGACAAGCAAGCUCGGAAGAAGUCUCUCCGCUUCCAUGCAGCACGGAUCGAGAACACGAGUGCGCGAAGGCAGAAUGCGCGCAGUAACGCCAUGGGUGGGGACGACGAUAUACCGUAUCGUGAACGGAAGAAGGCAAAGGAAGCGCGGCUGGCGCGCGAGACAGCGAAGGGCCGUGGGCAGGGUGGGGACGACCUCAAUGACGCGGAGCCCGAGCCGCGGCAGCGAGACAAAAAGCGGCCCCGAGAGGAUGACAGCGACUCCGACGGCGGGGACGGCGGUGCCGACGGCUACUACGAGCUUGUCCAGCGCAAGUCUAAGGAGAGAAAGGAGAAGAAGAAGGCGGAGUACGAAGCGGUCAAGGCGGCUGAGAGACCCGAUAUCGAUGAGAGUGCCGACGGCCCUCGUGCCUUGACGAGAGCUAUUCUCAAGAACAAGGGCUUAACACCCCAUCGCGGGAAGGCCGUUCGUAAUCCUCGGGUGAAGAAACGGCAGAAGUACGAGAAGGCAAAGAAGAAGGUCUCCUCACAGAAGGCGGUCUAUAAGGGUGGUAUCAGCGACACCGGUCGUUACGACGGUGAAAAGUCGGGCAUCUCGCGUGUGGUGAAGAGUGUUCGUCUGUAAAGCUGUUGGGACAUUGUCAUGCGCAUCUCUCGAGUGCUACACCUUUUUAUUUACUACGUAACGUACAGAACACGGUUUCGGCUUUUGGAGUCAGUACAGUAGAUCGUGUCCUAUACCACCUUGAUCUAUGAGAUGCAGGGUCCG